AUGCCCAUUACCACAAUCCUCCAGCAUCAGAGGGAUAGAGAGAGGCGAGAUCAGCCAGGUCCGGACCUACCCUCAACCGAAAAUGACAGCAUACCCUCAACAGGAGAUGACAGCAUACCUUCAAUGGGAGAUGACAGCAUACCCUUAAUGGGAGAUGACAGUAUGCCCUCAAUGGGAGAUGACAGCAUGCCCUCAACGAAAGAUGACAGCAAUACUGGAACGCAGGAUAGCAUCGAAAAAGUCCGAACUGAUUCGGCACGAGGCAUGGAACAAUCUUUUGGAGUGUCUCUGCCCAACACAGAGGAAAAGGCGGCGGAAGCAGUAAGGCGAUCGGUUGAGCCUAAUUCCACUCAUCAGUUGAAGCUACCCAAUGGCCCAAAGUCUAGCCGCCCGGAAGUCGCAGCAUCAUCUACCAAGCGAGUUUCCGCUGGGAAGAACAAUUCAAAACAGACAAUUACCAACCGCCCCAUUGCAAUUGCUCCACGGGUGGUCAUUGCUCCACUGGUGGUCCCCCUCGAUGGCCACAAUACUGGACAAAUGCCUCCUGCGAAUAACAGUUCUGGGCUGGCAUCCCAACAGAUACCACAAAGCAGACAGAUAUCUUGUGCGGAUAAUGAAAGUCGACAGAUUCCUUACCGAGGUCACCAUGAUGACCCGCCGUCUCCUACGGUCUCAGAUUAUGAGAUUGCACGGCGUGCUUUCAACGCUCUCCAGAUUCGUAAUGAUCAAGGCGCAGCACCUGGUAUCAACAACACUCAGCAGGCAAUUCCUAAUGCUCACGUCAACGAGCAGACCGCUCCGAGAGUAUACAACACUGUACCAACACCUCCUACCAGCCAGAGCAGUGCAGAAACAUCCCCUUCGAGCCGCAGUGAUGGGCAGGCGUCUCCAGCAGGCCAUUAUACAAAAUAUCCGACUCCCAUUCUUUGGAAUGCUGUACAAACAUUAGAGACAUAUCCCAACUCUCGCAAUAAAACGGUAAGCGGGUCGAAACUAUCAACUGUCUAUGCUAGCUGUUAA